AUGAAGAAUACCACAGGCAUCAUCUGCCAUGCGGUGGCAUGUAUUCUUGCGGUAGAGGGCGCCGAUGCGGCCAGUGGGAGCAGCCUGCUGGGUGCCUUGUUUCGACCGCUCGAUGCUUUGAAUCUCCACUCCGCAUUGAAUCCUUCAAACUUGCUUCAUGGGGACCGCUCAUCUUUUGGCACAGAGCAAAGGCAGUUUUUGCCUAAACAAGGUGAUAUGAGUCUGCUCGACUCCACGAAUACUUUUGAACUGCUCUCAACGCUUCGGCAGGGGCGAUCGACGUUAACAGACUAUCUCCAAGGAAGAACAACCGGCUUUUCCAGCCAAAAAUUUACGAUUGUGUCCGCUCUUUUUGGUGAUGAUGCUGCUGACCAAAGACUAAGAGAUGCAUUGGGACCUCCUGGGUCUACUCACAUCGAGCAAAAAGGACCGGCGGCCGGGGACAAUGCCAGCAAGCGACCGAACGCACAGGACCCUAGGCUACGCAGUCUAAACGAGGCUUUGGGAUUUCACGGAUUUCCUCCCCUACCAUAUUUGCCUCCUUUUCUUAGAGAAAAUGCUGAUGCAUCCACGGGGGCUGACCCGGUAGAGCAGUUGCUCGAGAGAGUCAACAGCGGGCAGGGGCUGCCAGAGACGGUCAUCAACGAAUUUGCGUCAGAGGAGUAUAGCUCUAUUCGCUCGUCUUGGCGCCUUCCUUCCACGACUAUUCCUUCUCCGAAUACAGGCCUUGCCAACAGCCCCUGGCCAAUUCCUCACAGGAACAGUGCCGCACAAGGCAGUACAACGCUGGCAGGCCCAGAUGGGAGCCGUCGCCUGAGCCAUAACUUUUUGAAUAGGGCAAUGGUGGCAUCCAACCCAAUUACUCUGUUCUACACAGCGGACGAGAAAUACCUUUGGGGAAGCAGCUGGACCACGAUUUUUAAAGUUUCGCGCACAAAGACGUCUUUGGCAGUCGUGGAUUUCGUAAGAAAGAAGGUAGAGACAAUCAUGGAAGACAAAUUUCAUGGCGCUUACGCGCUCCUGACUCAAGAGAACGUGUUUGUUGUCUCGACUGGAAAGCGCUUAGAGGCGUAUUAUGAUGUGCCAAGCUCAAAUGGAGACAGAAUCAUGGUGCACCCUGAGGCUUUCACCCUUCAAGCAGGUCUUCAGGGCCUCCAAGCAGAGCCACCCCGGCCUCAGGAAGUCUUCCGCGCUCUCUGCAUGACUCACGAUGGUCAUAUUGCUUGGGUCACCGACGUAGGCCGUGUAGGCAUUUUGGCCCGGGACGUCAAGAAUGGUGCUUUCCGCAAGGCUCUCGCCACUCUGAUGCUCGGAGCUUCAAAGCGAAAAGGAUCCCCUUCUAAAACAGAUAAAACUUUAACUCCUGACGGCAUUUCAAGUACCGGUAGUGGUUCUGUCUCGAUGGACGAUGACAUUGAAGUGUCAAACAACAUUGCUUGCGACGAGCAAGGAGGUAUUUAUGUGGUGUCCUCAAGGUAUAUGCACAAGGUAGAGUGGGACGGGGAAACGCUCUCUGUGUCUUGGGAAGAGCCUUAUGAUCUGGAGCCAGGUCUAGGGGGCACAGCUCCAGUCCGCCUCGGUGAGGGGUCUGGCAGCACUCCAACUCUCAUGGGCACUCCGGACCGUCGGUACGUGGUCAUUACAGAUAGUGCAAAGUUGAUGAACAUCGUAGUUAUGGACGCCAGGACUGGGAAGGUGGAGGCACGACAUCCUAUAACGUUUGGGGACCCAAACGCAAAGGAAACCACAAGCGAGCAGUCAGUGCUGGUCCAUGGGUGGCGCAUGGCUGUUGUGAACAACCAGCCCACAGAAGAAACGAAAGUAUCCACAAAUUUCCUUCAGUAUUUGGGGAGCCCGACGACCUUCCUUGCCGGACUAAGUUCAUCAAGCAACACAUGGUCACGUUGGGGCGACACAGUUGCAGCGGCCUUACCAGUCAUUGUCGGAGACGCACCGAAGGGUGUUGAGCAGUUUGAGUUCGACCCAGACACAAAGAAAAUCCGCUCUGUCUGGAUAAACAAGGAAGUUUCGAUCCCUAACGGCAUCCCAACAAUGAGUGCAAAAUCACAGCUCAUGUACGGUGUAGGCAAACGGUGUCCUCUUGGGGGCGAGGCAGCGCCUUUGAGGGGAAUGUGGACCCUUGAAGCACUGGACUGGUGGACAGGAGUCAGCAAGUUCCACUACAACAUUGGGGCAGGGCCAAUGAGCAACAGUGUCUACUCAGCUACGCAGAUUGGACCGAACGAAAUCAUCACGGGAACAGCGGGCGGAAUCGUGCGCAUAAGAGAGAUCUAA